UCAUUUGUGUUAGAAUAGGAUUUGACGUACUAAUCAGUAGUGAUUUAUGAUUUAUUGUGACAAAAGAAAAUUACAGUUUAUCAUGUUUUAGGGUUUGAAACUGGAAACAUAACCAUUGUUUAAAUUGAUUUGUUUACGAGAGUUUGAUUGAACUCUACAUGAUGAGACGUCUGUUCACAAGUAUAUAUCAACGUUGUUCUCAGGUGGUCAGCAAUUGCACAGACGUGAACAUGUUCUCCUCACCCCUGACCUGGACGUCGGGUCUCUCUGGGUGGUCAUUGCUGACAUCAUUUGUGGUCAUUCUUUAUGGUUUCUUCUUCACCACAAAAAGAAAUGUAACAGAGCAGAGCGGAAGUGUCACGUUGACCAAGAUAUCCCAAUACUUGUGCGCUAUAUUACUAGCAGUUGCUGCUACGGAGACUUGUAGAAACUCAUCUUUAAUUUUGACUUCACCACCUGCUCUCAGCAAUGUGACACUAAUGGCGGCAGUGACAGUUGUGUGUCUUCUGAUUGGACACUUUUCCAGACGACAGGAAGACAACAGAGUCAAGGCAAAAGACGAGGCCACAUUUUUAAAUGAUAUUUAUCUUAAUCAAGCUAUUAGUCUUGUGAAAAUUGGCUUCACCCGAGAGCUGCAAGAAAAUGAUGUUCCAGACGUCAGCGAGUGGGAAAAAUGUUGCCAGAUUUAUCAGCCUUUUGAAGCACAUUGGAAACACGAAACAAACGAAAAAAAAUCAAGGAAAACAAGUCUUGUAGUGGUUCUACUGAAAACAUUUGGGUUUAAAUAUCUUACUCUGCAGUUUUUCUUGUGUCUGCUGGACUUGACAUACUUUUUAAAUCCUCUAGUCAUUGAGUAUCUAAUGAAACAUGUUGAAAACCAGUCAUCUGCUUCACCUUAUGAAGGUUGCUCGUUCAUGCUUUCCAUGUUCAUUGUAUGCGCUACUUCCGCUGUUCUUUACAAUCGAGUCUACUUUUCCUGCAUGCGGAUGAGCAGACGUAUACGAGUCUCGCUGCGAUUGGCUGUAUUUAAUAAGGCUCUCACUAUGACAAAUGAGUCGAGAAGUAAAAAAACAACUGGCAAGCUCAUUUCUUUGAUAACUGAAGACUGUGAUAAAAUUACUGAUGCCAGCACUAAUAUCUAUUAUUUUCUUAUGACACCUUGCAAGGUGCUGCUCUCAAUGUUCAUGCUAUACAGACUCCUAGGUUAUUCAACAUUAUAUGGAAUGGUCAUUCUCUUGGCAGUGAUACCUAUCAAACUCUGGGCUGGUAACAAGAUAAUGUUUCAUGAAGAAGUCAGAGAUAAAAUCAAGGAUGAUCGAAUCAAGGUCCUGAAUGAAAUAUUCAAUGGUAUAAAGGUUUUAAAGUUGUAUGCUUGGGAGAAAGCAUUUAUCAGCAGAAUAUCUAAGAUAAGGAACUCAGAGUCAGCUGCCAUGAAAAAGAUGAACUUCUGGUGUAUGCUUCUGGAGAUGCAGUACAGAGCCUUCCCACUGUUAGUUCAAGUAAUCAGUUUCUCUGGGUUUAUGUACUUAGGAGGCCAGAUGACCUCAACUACAGCCCUAGUAGCAUCCUCACUUUUUGGUCUCCUGUACAGUGCUUUUAACAGUUUGUCCUACGUGCUGCCAAACAUGCUUCAAUCUAGAGUCUCCAUCAAAAGGCUCUCAAAGUUUUUACAUCAAGAGGACAUUCCUGAGGACAUUGUCACCAAAGAAACAAAUUUAAAUUGCAGUUCGGCGAUUAAAAUUGUUGAUGGAACACUCACUUGGCAAACAUCAUCUCAAAAAAUGACUUUGACAAAUAUAAAUAUGACUAUUACUGAAGGUUCACUAGUGGCUGUGGUGGGCAUGGUUGGGAUGGGGAAAUCUUCACUGUUGUCUGCUAUCCUUGGUGAAAUGCAGAAAUUGAAAGGAAAUGUUAUGGUCAAGGGUCAGACUGCCUAUGUACCACAAGAGGCUUGGGUUCAAAACAUGAGUCUGAAAGAAAAUAUUCUCUUUGGAGCAGAAUACCAAGAACAGAAGUAUCACAACAUUAUUCAUGCGUGUGCUCUAACAGAAGACUUGAACAUUCUGCCAGCUGGUGACAAAACUGAAAUAGGAGAGAGGGGCAUUAAUUUAUCUGGCGGUCAAAAGCAAAGAAUUUCCCUGGCCAGGUCAGUGUACAGCGAUGCUGACAUUUACCUUCUGGAUGAUCCUCUCAGUGCUGUAGAUAGUCAUGUUGGAAAACACAUUUUUAAUUGUGUCAUCGGGCCCAAAGGACUGUUAAAAAAUAAGACAAGAGUUCUGGUGACCCAUGGAGUGCAUUGGCUUCCAUUUGUUGAUGAAAUUAUUGUUGUCAAAGAUGGACGUAUUUCUGAAGCUGGAUCCUAUCAACAACUUUUGGAAAAUAAUGGAGACUUUUCUCAGUUUCUUCAAUCAACUUUGAACUCAAAUAAUAACAAUAAAAAUAGCAUGGACAAAUCUCUUACAUGUCAGGAAAGUAAUUUAAACAACUUUAAGGACAGACAGAAACUUCACAAGUACUGUGAUGAACUUAAUCUAAAGACCACAUGUGUAGAAGAUCUCCAGGAUAACAAGAACAUUGGAGAUCUGACAAAGAAUGCAUUGAAUGAUGAAGACAGGGAUAACACAAAAAUUUCUUCAAAAAUUUACCAUGAAUAUUUAAAAGCCAUUGGAUUUAAAAACUUCUGUUUGAUAUCAUUUGUGUUUAUUGUGUGGCUGAUAUUUAAAGAUGGGAAAGAGUUAUGGCUUGGGAAAUGGGCCGAGGACUCUAGUCUGUCAAACACAGCUUUGCACCAGUCUUCAUUGUCCAGCAUGAAUUAUUUAAUUACAUAUGUCAUGAUUGGCAGCUCUGGAAUUUUGUUUAGUAGCCUGUUUCUCUACUUGGUUCAGACCAAAGCCUUAGACGCUGCCAACAGACUUCAUAAUCAGCUGCUUCAUAACAUUUUAAGGGCGCCAAUGUCCUUCUUUGAUACCACACCCACAGGUCGUAUUAUCAGCCGCUUCUCAAAGGAUAUACUAAGCAUUGAUGGUCUUGGUGGCUGCUUGGAAGAAUACUUGCGUUGUUCAGGCGCAGUGUUGAUGCAGCUCUCAGUUCUUUUAUACUUAAAUCCCAGAGUCAUCCCAUUUGUUCUGCUCAUCACCUGCAUCUUCUUGUAUUUACAGCAUUUAUUUUCAAAAACUGCUCGGAAACUUCGUCAUUACAGAAACCAAAACUCUUCUCCUAUCAUUGACUUCUUCAAGGAAACCAUUCACGGACUGUCAACCAUUCGUGCCUUUGGAGCUCAGCAGAGAUUUGUCUCAAGGAUGCAUACAGUUAUAGAGAAUCACUUGAAGUUUGACGUCUGGGAGAUGUUUGUUGGGAUCUGGUUUGACAAUCAUAUCACUGUCAUGUCCUACGUAGUUGUUCUAGCAUGUGGGCUGAUAAUAGUCUGCACUGGGCACAUCACGCCAGCUGAAGCUGGUCUAAUCCUGAUGUAUUCCUCAGAAUUUGUUUACUCCCUGGGCUGGUACAUGACUCACUCAACUUACACAGAACAAGAAUUAGUUUCUUUGGAAAGAGUUUUGGAAUAUUCCAAUAAACCUGUUGAGGCAGAAUGGGAAAUUCCUGAAACAAGACCACAGCCACUUUGGCCUCAAAAUGGUGAAGUGAUUUUCAAUGAUUACAAAGCUAGAUACCGAGAUGGGCUUGACUUUGUCCUGAGAGGCAUUUCAUGUCAUGUUCGGAAAGGAGAAAAGAUUGGAGUAGUUGGAAGAACAGGGGCAGGUAAAUCUUCACUUAUGAGUUCCCUGUUUCGUCUCAUGGAAGCAGCUGAAGGUCAGAUAUUACUUGACGACUGUAAUAUUUCUGUAGUAGGUCUACAUGAUCUCAGGAAAAAAAUUACAAUUCUUCCUCAAGACCCUGUAAUUUUUGGUGGAAGCAUACGCAUGAAUUUAGAUCCCUUGGAAGAAAAAUCAGUGGAGGAAUUGUGGGAAGCCCUCAAACAUUCUCAUCUGAAAACAUUUGUGGAAAGUUUACCUGGCAACUUAGACUACAACUGUGGUGAAGGUGGCCAAAACUUCAGCAUGGGCCAGAGACAGCUCCUUUGUUUAGCCCGGGCACUGCUUCAUAAAACAACAAUACUUGUCCUGGAUGAGGCAACAGCUUCGGUGGACAUGGAAACAGACGAUUUGAUUCAGAAGACUAUUUGCACAGAGUUCAAGGACUGCACUGUCCUGACAAUAGCACAUAGAAUCAACACAAUAUUGAACUAUGACAGAAUCCUUGUACUGGACAAUGGUCAAGUCAAAGAAUUUGAUUCACCCAAAACUUUAUUAAAGAACAUAAAGUCAACAUUCUUCCGAUUAGCUAAAGAUGCUGGACUAGUUUCCUGAGCCAUGAAUUUACAUUGACAACAAAUAACAAACAAGAAGUUGUUUGUAGACAAACCCCUGACCAGGGUGAACAGAACUCAAGCCUGGAUUAAUGUUUUAAAAAACAAGACAUUUGUUUUAAUUUAUGAAACAUUUCAAGCAGAUGUUAACAGCUGAUUGAUGAAUUAGAACAGUUAAGAGACAUAUUCUAGUCAUAAUGUUCAAAUCCACAAAU